AUGUCGAUCUCUCUGCUUCCUCUCUCCCACCCUUCUUGUUAUCUUUGCUUUCCCUCUCUUUCACCUCUCCUUCGUUUUCUCUAUCUCCCCAUUUCUUCGCGUUAUCACUCCUUCCCUUCUUGCUAUCUUCACUUUCUCGUUCUCUCUAUCUUUCUUGCUCUCUUGGCUUUCUCUCUUAAACCUUCUUACUCUCUUUAUUUCGCUUCUUCUCCCCUUCUUACUCCCUUUCUCUCUCACCGUUCUUGCUCUUACGGGUUUCACUCUCACACUUUCUUGUUCUCUUUAUCUCUCUCCCUUUCCCCUUCUUGCCUUCUUCACUUUCUCUCUCUCUCACGCUUUCCUGCGCGCUCUCUCACCCCUCUCUGCUCGCAUGGCUUUCACUGUCACUCCGUAUUGCUCUUUUUAUUCUACCUCUCUCCCUCUCCCCUUCGUGUUCUCUUCAUUUUAUCACCUUUACGCUUUCCUGCGCUCUUCAUUUUCUCUCACUCCUUCUUGCUCUCAUGGUUUCACUCUCACAGCUUCUUGCGCUCUUUCCUCUAUCUCACUUAUUCUCUCAUUCUUGCUCUCUUCACUUUCUCUCUUCCCCCCUUCUUAUACUCUUCACUUUCUAUCCCACCCCUUCUUGUUCUCUUGGCUUUCACUCUCACACGUUCUUGCUCUCGUUACUCUAUCUCUCUCCCUCAUUCUUUCUUGCUCUUUUCCCUUUCUCUCUCUCCCUCUCACCCUUUCUUGCGCUUUUCACAUUCUCUCUUCCCACUUCUUGCUCUCAUUGCAUUCACUCUCACACCUUCUUGCUCUUUUCACUUUCUCUCCCACCCCUUAUUGCUCUCUUGGCUUUCACUCUCACACGUUCUUGCUCUCGUUACUCUAUCUCUCUCCCUCAUUCUUUCUUGCUCUUUUCCCUUUCUCUCUCUCUCUCUGACCCUUUCUUGCGCUUUUCACAUCCUCUCUUCCCACUUCUUGCUCUCAUUGCAUUCACUCUCACACCUUCUUGCUCUUUUCACUUUCUCUCCCACCCCUUAUUGCUCUCUUGGCUUUCACUCUCACACGUUCUUGCUCUCGUUACUCUAUCUCUCUCCCUCAUUCUUUCUUGCUCUCAUUGCAUUCACUCUCACACCUUGCGCCCUUCACUUUUUCUCAUACCUUCUUGAUUUCUUGACUUUCGCUCUCACACGUUCUUACUCGCUUUACUUUAUCUCUCCUUCUUGCUUUCUACACUUUUCUCUCAUCCUUUCUUGUUCUCAUGGCUUUCACUCUCCUCUUCUUGCUCACUUUGCUUUCCACCUCUCUCCUUCUUUCACUUGGCUUUCUCUCUUCUACUUGCUCUCUUCACUUUCUCUUUCUUUCAUCUUCUUACUCUCUUCAUACUCUUUCCCCUAUCUUUCUCUAUUCGCUUACUUACCCUUCUUUUACUCUCUUUGCUCUCUCUCUCUCUCCCCCUUUCUCUUGCUCUCUUCACUUUCUCUCUAUCUCUCUCCCUCCUUCUUGCUCUUCGGUUUAACUUCCCUAUACACUCUACAAUUUCGCGUUCUUCGUUUCUCCCUCUCCCCUCUCUCUCUCUUCUUCUUCUUCUUUUUCUUCUUCUUCUUGCCCUCCUCGCUCGCUUUCACUCUUCUUACUCCGCUUUCUCUCUCUCUCUCUCCCCCUACUUACUCUUUUCGCUCGCUCACUCGCUCGCUUGCUUGCUCGACUGUUACGUCUAGCAAGAAAUUCAUUUGA